AUGGCUGAAGCUGGUGAGAAGGUUUCUUCUCCAUCUUCUUCUUAUGCGCGUAAAGACUUGGAAUUUUUCAAGGUUUUUCUUCCCGAGUUCAGUUCACGCGAACUGGUGAUACCUCAAGCAUUCAUAAACAUCUUAGAAAAGCCAUUACCUAGCAAAGUGGUACUAGUAGAUGAGAUCGGACGGUUAUGGAAUGUGGAGACAAAGACUGAAGAAGAAGACAUAGAAGAAAGAGUUGUUUUAAAAAAAAAUUGGGAAAAAUUCGCAAACGAUCACUCUCUUGAGUUUGGAAACUUUCUAGUGUUUAGCUACGACGGCGUUUCAAGAUUUUCCGUUAAGAUAUUCGAUAAAAACGGAUGUAAAAAAGAUCUCGUUGCCGACACAACAUCUAGGGUUGCAGUUGAGAAAGAACCGGUUCUUGUUAAACCGGUUGAUGAUCUUUCUAACAAACCUCGUGGCAAGAGUAGGAAACGGGUUUCGGUUAAGGAAGAGCCUAGUGGUAACUUAGUUAGAGAUCCUUGUGAGAUGGGAUUGGUUCAUGAGAAGAAGAAACACAAAGGAUUUGAAGAACCGGUUUAUAAACCGAAUAAUCCGCAUUUUGUGAGGAAUAUUACAAACGGUUCACGUCGCCAGAUGGACAUACCGACAACUUUUCUGAAAUCGAACGGGAUCGAAAUGGAGGAAGACAUCGAGCUGUGUGAUGAAAAUGGAAAGAAGUGGCCAAUGAAGAUUGUGAUUCACGAUAGAGGACAAAGGUUCUCCCCUGGUUUGUGGUUGAGUUUCUGCCAAAGCCAUAACUUGAGCACGUCUAAUAAGUGUUUAUUUGAGUUUGUCGUGAGAAGUAAUGGGUCAUGCAACCAGGUUCUAGUUCGGAUUCUCCGUGGGAGAAUGCUUACUACUGUUACCAGAAAUAGCUACCAAGUUCUUGCUGUGUAG